CGAUCGUGAUCGUGACACGAUCGCCAUCAUUCGCACAGUGAAUGCGUCAAAAUCGGCUCAAUUCGGGUUUAAUUCGUUAGUUUUAUACUGUCGACCGCUGAAUAAGUUGGGAGUUUGGAUACCUAUGAGAUUGUCAUUCGUGGUUAGUCAAUGUUGAUCGAUACGGUGGAAUAGAUGUGUAGACCUUUAAGCCUGAGUACUGCACUUUGAAAUUUAAAAAAAAAAGAAAACUGGGUAGCAAAGGAAUAAGAGAGACAGAUAUCAGAGACAAAGAAGUGCUAAUAGGAGUGGAAUUGUGUGAUCAUUUAAUGGAGUUCUGUGUUCUAUAGAUCACGAUCGCGCUAGGUUGAGUUUUAUUCGAGGAAAAUUUUUCUCCAAGUGCUUUUCCUCCAAAUUAAUGCUCAGUUUGUAGCAGUGUUGUUUCAUCCACUCUUCAGCACCUCUACUUUGAUCACGAUAUUAGUGAACCAGGAAGUGUAACGAACGAGAGAGAGAGAAGCCAUUAUGUCUACGCUUAUGUUUUGGAAUAAACAGAAUGGUGCUAAUCAGAAUGGGAGCGAUACAAAGUCCGGCAAGAGAAACUGGCUCCAUGCACCGGAUGUUCUUGUCAAUGGUCACGUUGCCUAUCUAGUCAAAUUCCUGGGAAGCUGCCCAGUGGAACAGGCGAAGGGGAUUGAGGUGGUGAAGGAUGCCAUUCGUCGACUACAGUUUGCACAGCAGAUGAAGAAGGCGGAAGGGGGUGCCAAUGUAAAGGCCAAGAAAUUGGAAAUCACCGUGAGCAUAGACGGUGUAGCAAUUCAGGAGCCACGUACACAGACUAUCCUGCAUCAAUUCCCGCUCUACAAAAUCUCCUACUGUGCUGAUGAGAAGGGUGUUAAGAAAUUCUUCAGUUUCAUUGCCAAAACUGGUGCCGCGGCUAAUGGCGACACAACGCCGACCAGUGAAGAGGGUCACGAGUGUUUUGUGUUUAUUUCUAGCAAGUCAGCCUCGGACAUCACACUCACUAUUGGGCAGGCCUUUGAUUUAGCGUACAGGCGGUAUAUGAAUGAAAAUGGAAAGUUUACGGAAAUGGGCAAAUUGCAGCAACAGAAUAAGCAGUUGGAAAGGACAGUUACACUGUACAGGCAGCGACUGAAGGAACUGGCUGAGAUUCUGCCCAAGAGUGAUUUAGAUCGCCUGCUGAUUCGUCUUGGGCUCAAGGAUAUCCUUGAGGUGCCGGCCCAAGAAAAUGGCCUGGAUAAUCAUACAACGGCAAUGAAUGGGAAGAAGACUCCUGAUUUGGGAAUUGAUGUAUCGGCACCCUGCAAUGAUGAUCAGCUGUUAAUUGAGACGUCACCCAAACACUUUGCGCCCAUCGUCCCGCCGCGCAAUCUGCAGAAUCAGAUCAAUAGCACAUUGGAGGCAUUUAAGCCCAGUGUAGGCACCAAACUUGAGGGACUCCUGCUCAACUCAGACUCUGACAGUGAUUUCGAUCCCAGAGCUAGUGAGAGUGAAAUGUCCAAUGGCAAUAAAAUCACCAAUGAUCUGUUUGGCUUUGAGCCACCCAAAACACUGGGCCAGCAACUAUUUGCCAGUAGCAAUAGCAACGGUACGACCCUCACUAACGGCCUCAACGGAAACGCUGGCGUGCAGGCCGUUACGCCGCCACUGCUGGCACCACCGCCAAAAACGGCAGCCCCGCGCAGAAGUGCUCCAGCUCAAGGGCUCAAUACCUCCAGUCAGGAUCUAUUUGGAUCAGCACCUUUCAAUCCGCACCCGGUGGCCUUUGAUUUGAGCGAGGACAGUGGGGUACGCAGGAAUCCUUUUGGGGAGCAGGGGGGAGUGCUGGAGGCGCCACAAUUGGCCACACUCGCCAACAUCUCAAGCCAGUUCGAUGAUCUCCUGGCCACAUCGCAUGCGGCCAAUCCUUUUGGCUCCUUCGCCAGCGACAGCUUGGGCCCCUUCGAGGGUGCCUCGCUCAGUGACAAACUCCUCUCGGCGACCCCUAAGGCCAACGACUCGAAGAGCAAGCAUCUCGAAUUCUUCAAUCAAAUUCCCUCAAAUGGGCUCAAUUCCACGGGUGACUUCAAACAAGGGCCUAGCGUUUGGGGUUGAUGAUUUCACGUUGGAAAGUUUAGAUCCCCUCCGAAAAUAACUCAAUAGGGAUGAGAGGAAGGAUCCAAGAGCUAAAUGGAAUCACAAUUGAGAUAGUUAAUAAGGACGAAAAUUGUAUUUUUCUUCAAUGUGGCAAUUUGUAUAUUUUUUUUCAUGUCCUAUUGAUUAGUUUUUUUUGUCUCUGGAGAAUAGAGGAUGGAAAAUAAAAAAAACAGCAUUAGAGAGGAGUUUUUUUGUGUAAGAAGAAUUUCUUAUCGAAGGCUAGCUUUAAAACAAAAAGAAUCAACAAAAAAAAAAAUAAAGAGACAUUCCAAACGGAAAGGAAGAAAAAUGAGAAAACUAAGAGUAUCAAAGAACGUGAUAUAUAAAAAGAAAGUGAAAGGAGAAAAUUGUCUAUAAGAAAUAAUAUUCAACAUGUAGAUUUUGUAGUAAACCCUUUCCUCCUACCCCAUCCCCUCCCCCUCCCUUCCCUUUCGAUCCAUUUGUAAAUAUUUUUGUACCUUGGCAAAGAGAAUGAUGAAUUUAAAUGUUUAGUAGAAAAUAUGUUGGUGCUUCCAAGUCUUUUUGUUGAGGGUGGACACAAAAGUGAUUAUUAUCUACUUUGCUAUUGUAAUUUUUUUUUCAUUGUUACUUCGAACAACACUGUGUGUCUCCCGAAAUUAUUAAUUAUAUAUUAUUUUCUGUGUUUACAAUCACCACACACAUUAUUAUUAUUAUUUACAGAAUUAGGAAAUUUAUAUAAUUAAACAGGAAAAAAAAAAGAAAGUGAGGAAGUAAUUGAGUAAUUUAUGUAAAAUUAACUAUAAUGCAUUAUAUUGAAAGAAAAAAGAAAACUUUAGGAAUAUUGAGACAAAUAUACCGUCGAUUAAUAAAAGAAAAAUAACAUAUACAUACCACUUACAUAUCCUCUAUUCUAUAUUGUAAACUAUAAAAUAUUGUGUUAAAAAAAUAUAUAGUUUUAUCACUAUUUCCUCAAA